AUGGUGUCUACCCCAGAGUUGAAAAAGUAUAUGGAGCGCAAGGUGUUCUUGCAGCUCAACGGCGCGCGCAAGGUGGUGGGCGUGCUGCGAGGAUACGACCUGUUUCUGAAUGUAGUUCUCGACGACGCGGUCGAAAUCACACGGACGGGGGGGAAACACGGCCUCGGCGACCACACGAUCAUACGAGGGAACUCGAUUGUGUCGCUGGAGCUGCUCGAGAGCCUGUCGUGA